UUCCCGGAGCGGCUACGGACGCGAUACUGGAGCCAACCGGCCAAGACGCAAUGAGGCGUCCAGCUUCCAGCCCACCCCUCGGGGCAGAAAAGGACUUCAGUCUGGGACACUCCCACUGGAGCAGGUCCUUGCGUGCUCCCACACGGGAAUCAUCGCUAUCUCUGUGCAUUUAUUUUUUUGUUUUUUUGAAAAAGGAAAAACAUUUCUCAAGUUAAUUUUUAAAAUCAGAGUAAAGCAGCAAUAGUUAGUAACUGGCCGAAUUAGCCUCGUCCUUUGGUUAAUUGCUCACCUGGUUGGGCGGUGAUCGGAUCGGUGCGGAGCGAAGCGGAUGCAGGUUUGACGCCCCCGGAGCGGCCAUGGGUCUGUAUCCCCUGGAGUUCAGCGAGUGCUCCCUGGACAGCCCGUCAUUCAGGGAGCGCAUCCGGGCGCACGAAGCGGAGCUAGACACAACCAGCCGCUUCAUAAAGGAGCUUCACAGGGAGGCCAAGAACCUCAUCAAUGCCACCACACAGUUGGGUGUGGCCCAGAGGCGGUUUGCAGAAUGUCUCGGCAUGUUCCAGUUUGAGUAUAUCGGAGACGCCAAGACGGAUGACGAGAAAUGCAUCGACGAGUCUUUGCAGGAGUUUUCCUCUUUCCUAAAGAACUUGGAAGACCAGCGGGAUCUGAUGAUGCAGAACAUCACAGAGACUCUCCUGAACCCCCUGGAACGAUUCCGUAAGGAGCAGCUAGGCUCAGCCAAGGAAGGAAAAAAGAAGUAUGACAAGGAAACGGAAAGGUACUACAGCUCCCUGGAGAAGCUGUUAACUGUGUCAGCGAAGAAGAAAGACCAGCAUCUGCAGGAGGCGGACCUGCAGGUGCUGAGGCAGCGGUUCCAGGAGGAGUCUCUGGAGUACAUCUGCAAGCUGCAGGAGAUACAGGAGAGGAAGAAGUACGAGUGUGUGGAGCCGAUGCUGGCCUUCUUUCAGACCGUCUUCACCUUCUACCACCAGGGAUAUGAGCUGGCGAAGGACUUCGACCAUUACAAGCGGCAGCUGCAGAUUAAUAUUCAGAACGCGAGGAGCCGUUUCGAGGGCACCCGGUCCGAGGUGGAGGAGCUCAUGAAGAAGUUCAAAGGAGCCCCGAGAGAGCACCGGCAGAUCAGCCCCAUCAGCGUCGAGGGCUACCUCUACGUGCAGGAGAAACGGCCCGCGCCCUUUGGGUCCAGCUGGGUGAAGCGUUACUGCACCUACAUCAAGGAGCAGAAGGUGCUGCAUAUGCUGACGUUCGACCACCGGUCGGGAGGCAGGAUCGGUGAGAAAGACUCCGUCACCUUAAAGUCGUGCUUGUGGAAAACUGCAGACGCACUGGACCGGAGGUUCUGCUUCGACAUCGAGGUCUCUGACCGACCCAGCCAGGUCCUCACCGUCCAGGCCCUGUCAGAGGAGGACCGGAAGUUCUGGAUGCAGGCCAUGGGUGGGACAGAGCCUGUUUGUUACCUAAAGAAGUUUUAUUCAAAAGAAAGAGGCAUUGAUGCACAGCUGGACAAAGUGGGGUUCACCUUUGUAAGGAACUCCAUCGGUGCUGUGGAAAGAAGAGGCAUCAAAGACCUGGGACUGUACAGAGUUGAAGGGGUGGUGUCCAAGGGGCAGAAGCUCCUCAACAUCCUGAUCAGCGGUUCUGUGUUACCCCCAGACGAGAUAGACGGCAGUGAGCUGGAUCUGAGCACGUCUGAGGAAUGGGAUAUCAGGACCAUAACCAGUGCAUUAAAACUCUACCUCAGGAGUCUCCCUGAGCCCCUGAUGACCUACGACCUCUACAAGGACUUCAUAAACCUUGCCAAGAGCGCCAGCCCGGGGUCUCGAGCGCAUGCCGUCCUCGGCCUGGUGCACCGGCUGCCCCAGGAGAACCAGGAAAUGCUGGGGAUGCUCAUCAAGCACCUCGCCAACGUGGCGGCAAACUGCAAGGAGAACCAGAUGACGGUGGCCAACCUGGGCGUGGUGUUUGGGCCCACUCUCAUGAAGCCCGAGGAAGAGACGGUGGCUGCCAUCAUGGAGCUGAAGUUCCAGAACAUCGUUGUGGAGAUUCUCAUUGAGCACCAUGAGAAGAUCUUUGGCUGCCCCCCUGAGGUACAGUCUUUCAGCGCUUCCACCCAGCAGUCCAGCGGACAAGAUGACCAUGGUGGGCCACCAUCCGACCUCCAGGAAGUUACUGUCGAGGCAGCUGCGAGCACAUCAACUCCGGAUGAAAUGUCUUCAGCGACCAGGGAGUCCAGCUCUGCUCUUCCGGCCGAAGAGAGUGGGCAGCCUGCAAACCACGAGGAGGGACCUCCCAGGCCCUACUCGUCCAUGGUGAUGUGGAUCAACUCUGAGCCACUCCCUCCCCCAGCUGACGAGCAGGGUGACGAGCGUGCAGAAAGGGCAGCCCGGGCGGUGUAUGCGUGCGAAGCAGAGCACACUUCUGAGCUCUCCUUCCAGGUCGGCGCGAUAUUCCACCGCGUGACUGACUCGAAGGAGCCCGGCUGGCUGGAGGGCGAGCUGGACGGCAAGAGAGGCCUCAUACCGAAGAACUACGUGGUGAUGCUAUAGACCCAAAACAAUCAGACGGUAUCCAUGACGCUGCGUCUCCACGGCGACACACGGCAAGUCUGGGGCACACCAUCAACCCAGAACCUGCCAAAGAUGAUCAUUGUAAAUCUGAAUCUCAAAAGGGAAAAUGUGCAAGGUGUGAUUUAAAGGAUAAGGGUGAGAAAAAGUUGAAUGUAUUUUAAGUGUUUAGAUUUUAAUGUCUGUCAUUUCUGACUGUUUUAAUAAUAUGCAUGUAUUGUGAUCUGUGUGGUGUUAAUGUACACAGAGACAGGUAUGAUGAAUAACCUGCGGAGUAGCUCUAUAAGACCUAUAAAGUGACCUGUUAAAAAAGACCCGUUAACUGACUGCCUGGGAAGGGAGGACUGUUACUGAGCUGAUCAGCUGACCUUGACUCUCAGCUGAGUUUUGGUGACAUCGUCCUUGGAUGUUUGUCACCGUCUGUGUUGCACUGCACCAUGUGCUGUGACUGUUUUCAUAGCCCACUGCAGAAGCUAAAGAGCCACUCUACAUAAAACAGAAGGUCCUUGUAGGGUUUGCAAAACCAUUGACAGAUGAUAUUGCACUGCAGUCACUGGCCGUGCUUGUCUGCAAUGGUGUAUUUGUAUGCAUCAGUUCUGAGGGACUAAAAGGCAGUCGGGCGUUUUCUUUUAAGGUUUCAACUCCAGUGAUGCUUCCAGAACCUUUGGAAGCACCUUUAUAGCGUCCUUCUCCGGUUUGUGCAUCCUGCUCCUUUCUGCAUUUAAUGUUAAUGUUUAAUUUUAAAAUGCAGCCCGUAUGCGGAUUCUUCUUUAUUUUGUCAAAUAAAGCAUUUAUAAUCUCA